UCAUGCUGCUGCCAAGUCCAGAGUCUCUCAUGGGUCCCUGUACGGCCUCCCAUUGCUGCUGUCUCCAUCGCCACACUCUGCCAUGUGCCACUUUCAGGUCUCCUCACACAGGCUUGGGCCUACUUGGACAGCACCCUGCCAUAGGGUGCUGGAGAUUACGGGACCAUAUGCUGCUGCAGGCCCGAAAUUGACAUGGGCCCCAUACUACCGCCUGAAUUUGCCCUUGAAAGUCUGUCAUGGGUCGGCCAGUAGCGUGGCAUCGGAGCUGUGUCUCCAGUGCGGCAGGACACUUGCCAUGUGCGGACUUUCACUGUCUCCUCACAGUGUGGUGAGACUCACGUUUUUUGACAUCAGGUGCUGGGAUUACGGGUCAUAGAUUGCUGCCAGGCACCUAGUUGCCUGGCCCCCCGCCAACUGACUGCCAGGUGUCUGCUCA